ACGUCACUCUACUGACAUUUCCGAAAACUGCUGCAAAAAAUCCUAUAAGUCAUAACAUGUGUCUUCUUAAAAACAUCAUCAAAGCAAAAAAUUGCCAAAGACCAACGAUUUUUAAAUAUUUCUGAAUUUAUUUAUAAUUUUUUAAUGUUAUAAAACAAAACGAUGAGUAUUUAUCAUGACGAAGUUGAAAUUGAAGAUUUUGAAUAUGACGAAGAAGAAGAAAUGUAUUAUUACCCCUGUCCCUGUGGCGAUAGAUUUCAAAUUUCGAAGGACGAAUUAAUUGAAGGCGAAGAAGUUGCUACAUGUCCUAGUUGCUCGCUUAUUGUAAAAGUUAUCUACGAUCCUGAAAUGUUCAAAGCAGAAGACGAAGAAGAACAGCUUCACACUAAACUAAAGGACUUAAGCCUGGAAAAGAAUUGAACUUAAACAAUUAAAUUUGUAUCGAUAUAUAAUUUUUAUUACUAUAUUUAAUUAUAAUUAUUAAGUUACAUGUUUACAGAAUGUAAUUAUAUACGUUGACUAGGUUAAA